GGCAAACCCAUAUUCUGAUCAGUUAAUGCAGAAAUUUUGGCGUGCAUAAAUGAUUGGCAGACCGGGAAAAUGCAAAAAGACUGCUGUUAUUGAAUUGAACUUGCCCGCUUGAAUUUUCUUUUUUUUAAGAAAUGUCGAAUCGACAUUCUUAUGGACAUAUUCUUCUAGUUCGACGCCAGAGUUUCAUCCCUACAUAUUUUGAUCCAUGUGAAUUCCAAUUGGCGCAUAACAGAAGAGAUUGCGACUCCGACUUGCAGGAAACACCUGCUGUUGAAGAAAGCUCGCAGUACGAUGACUACGACACCGAAGAGACGCUACAAACACAGCUAACCGACUCACAGACCUCUCUCCACUCACUGCUGCAGUUUUUGGCCAGCUAUCACGCGAUUUAUGAAAACCAAACAACUCGAUUUCGUAGUUCUGCUCUAGCUAACCUUUUCUCGUGCAAUGUGAGUAAAAUGUCGCAUGAAAAUAAAUCGAAACUUGACUGUGAUGGUUACUUUGGUUGUCCAGAGGAAAAGCAAAUCUCCAAAGAAAGCGCUACUUUUCCAAGGAGACGUCGUCCGGUAUGCAUCAUACCGUGGAAGAAAAGACCAUCCAUCAUAAAAUCAAGCAAGAAAAACAAAUCCAGCACAAAACAACCAAAGCCGAAAUCAAAUCAAAGGCCCGAUAGUACUGAUGCAUAUUACGUGACCAAAGUAGAUUGCGUUACAUCGACCCUUGAGAGAACUAGGGUAUCUGGUAUAAAGCUAAGAAUUCGUCCCAAAGUACCUCCUCAGACACAAAGCACCAAGUCUCACCCAGCGAUGUUCUAUAGCUACUUUGUAUCGAAAGGCUGUCAAUAUCGCAAGGCUUGCGCUCCAAAGAGAAGAUCGUGUGACGGAUUCUUUGGAUGUCAUGAUGGUGAUGAUCAUUGUAAAGACAGCAAGGGAAAACGAAAAGGAAAAAAGAAAACCCACGCAAAUAAUUAAGUUAUACAAACUAAGUGAAGUUCCGCUUACAUUAUUAGGAUUUUUUAUAAUUUAUUGGUCUUUAUUGUGCUUUUGGUGUUUCGCCUGUUUAUGGAUUCGGGACCUAACUAUAGAACGAGUAGAUUUUCUCCCUUUGUAAGGUCAUUYGGAAAUUUAAAAAAACGGAAAGGAUUGGUUGGAAUUCCCAUCCAAGCGRCUGAAGUCUGGAUUUAAUGCCACAAGAUCCGGAAUCCAACCUAGUUUCCGGUGUUACCUUAUUAGCCUUAGGGUCGAGUAUUUACUAUUUGAAUAUAGGUGGUCAUUGGACGAAACAAGGGCUGCAGCAGCCAACAUUGAAAAAAUGGAAAUGUUUUAUGGAGUCUUAAUGUGCCAUAAGAAAAAUGAAGAUAAAAAUAGCUCGAAGUACUUUACAAUCAAAAAUUAAACAGGCGAAACACUUUAAAUACAUAUAAGAUCUUUUGAUUCGAAAUCAAUAGGCGAUUUGGUCAAUGGUUUUCCAAUUAAAUCUGUUUAUAUUCAUUUAGGCAUUUUUUUCAAUUCUUUAGUUAUAUGUUUUACUAUAUAUUGAAAUUUUACAUUUUUACUCUCUUUAUCAAAUUUUAGGCGAUAAAAAUAUUAA